AUGAAAGCCGGAUAUAGGGGAAAAACUUGGGAUUCAUCCUGGGGUCGGUUUUGUAAAGAAUUGAUGGGACGACUAGGUGCAAUACAGAAACUGGGCCUGUUUCAUGAGUUUGCCAAAAAUCUCUUUCGUGGAACAGAUUACUUAGAUUACGCAUCUCAACUAGCGGAAAAAAUAAAGAAGAAACUUGAGGAAAUCGCCGCCACAAAGGCUCCCACAACACCAACAUGUACUAUUCACCUUCCCGGUGGACAAAAAAUAACCUGCCACGAUGGUUGACGAAUCUUAUAUGGUAGGUUGAUUACAAAUUUAUUAAUUUUAGCUACACUGUUCACAAACUGGGUUUUUAAUACAUAAUAUUAUAAUAAGAUGUCAUGCGGUCAUUACAAUACUUUAACAUUUCUCACUCUUAAUAGUGAUAAUACAAGACAUUUAUCCAACUGACUUGUAUUUUAUUUACUCCUUCCAUCUGAAACAUCAUAUUAGGCAAACUUGAAAUUCUAUAAAAUAAAUACAUUUUUAAAUUAAAAGAUAAAAGUGAAAUAAAAGGGAAUUUUGUGUUUUUCAGAUUGCUGAGAAGAAGUCCUCUGGAAGU